AAGGCCCAGGGGUGCCCAGUCAAAUUAGGGUUUAGGGUUUUACUCAGGCUUCUUCUUGCUACCCUAUUAGGUUGCAGUUUCUACAAUAUAAUCUUCUUCUCAACGAAUCUCAACUUCCCUCACUCUCUAACAAGGUUUGUAUAAUGGUGGUAAACAAGGAAGAAUUGACCCUGUCUGAUGAGGAGCUGAUAACAGAUGAUGAAAUGGAUAAUCUUGAUGAAAAAUUGUCUGGAUCUGAGUCAGAAUCGGAGGAUGAAGAUGUGAAGUUGCCUGAACCAUCUAAAAAUGCUAUAUUCAAUAGAGAUGGUCUUGCUGACAAGCUUCAAGACAUUAGUUGGCCAGAGAAUGUUGGAUGGAUCCACAAACUUGUGAUCGACUUCAAUCAAGAGCAAGAGGUGGACGUGAAUGAUGACCUGACCAGAGAGCUUGCUUUUUACACACAAGCCUUAGAGGGAACAAGGCAGGCAUAUGCUAAGCUAGAGUCGAUGGGGAUUCCUUUUCUCAGGCCUCCUGAUUAUUAUGCUGAGAUGGCAAAGUCGGAUACUCAUAUGGAGAAAGUGAAGGGCCGGCUUUUGGCAGAGAAGAGAAGCAUUGAGGAGGCUGAGGAGAGAAGGAAAGCUAGAGACUCUAAGAAACUAGCUAAAGAGGUUCAGGCCCAGAAGCAGAAAGAGAGAAAUGCACAGAAAAAGGCAGCGAUAGAGACUGUUAAGAACUGGAGGAAACAGAGGAAACAAAGUGGGUUUGCUGGAGGCGACAAGGAUGGUGAGUUGGAUAUGCCCUUUGAAGAUGGAAAAGUGUUUGAAAGGUCGAACAAGAAGAGGCCAGGGGUGUCUCCAGGAGAUCGGUCUGGAGGGAAGGGGAGACAACCUUGGAAGAAGGGGAAAAACGGACCAGAAAAGAAAAAAUUCAAGAGGGAAUCAAGGGAUUCCAAAUUUGGAUUUGGAGGGAGGAAAGGUUUAAAGAAGCAGAACACUGCUGACACCACUGAUGAUUUUAGAGGCUCCAAGAAAGGCAGUGCUGCCGGAAAUAAGAAAAGGAAGAGGUGAUAAACUGUUGUUUGAUUUUGCUUUGCUAAAGACUACAGCUACAAACUCUUUGCAAUUGUUUCUGGAAGGGCUUGUAAUAGGGUUUUGAGCUUAUCCCUUUUUUCCCUCUAAUUCGUGUAAUCUUUAAGCUUGUUUGAUUGAAGUACUAAUUUCCUUUACACUGUCUAUGGCGAUUCUGUCCAGAUCCCGGUAUGGAAUCAUGAUUUUCUAUUA